GUUGGUGUUCUCCUCGCAGUGGAAAACCUCCGUCAAGAAACCGCAAUAAUGAAGUCAACCAAGUGCCGUAUGUUACGGUAGUUACCCUGCGCAAUACGUCUCCCCCGACAAACCCAUCCCCAAUUGUUCGUGUAACUCCCAACAAUAAUCCGACGUUACACGAGGCAGUGCUAGUGUUUCUCCUCCCUCGCACACGAGUAAGCCUGCCGAGUGGGCAAAUGGCCGCCGUAUUGCCGUGUUUGCAUCGAAUAUUUCCCACCGAGCGGUCCCCCAGGCGAAACCAAUGAUGUCCUAAUCCCCCAAUUUCCCCGGAGUGAUUCCCCACGGAGGUCUCAACCCCCAAAUGAUCGUCAAGUGGCCCAAAACAUUGAGGAAGUGAAGUGAUCAGGUCAGGUGUGAGCCUUUCCCCUCAAUUAAACCGAACGAAAAACUGUGCAGUCAAGGCCCCGAGUGAUUGCACCCGGGCGAUGAGCAGUGAUAGAAUCGGCCCGGUUAUGAAAUCAGUGUCGGAGGGUGAACUCGGUGAAAUCGGUGCCACUAGAGAGCCCACAAUUCUGGGCGUGGAUGAGGUUAAAGAUCCCCGCAAUCCCAACUCGCGAUUAAAAAGAACGUUCACAUUGCCGAAAAAUCCGUUUCAAAGUGCAACGAGAAUGUCCAGAAGACGGGGUAAACAGCGUGACACCAAGGAGAACAAUAACAACAGUCGUGAUAGCAUUAGAAUGAGUGACAAUGGUUUAUCGAAUAACAAUAAUUAUCAGGAUAAACCUGGCAAGGUAUUCAGGCGGCUCUCGUGGAGGAAAUUCCUCCACAAGAUUGAAAAACAUAUGCCCAGUGUGCAGGCCCGCAAAGUGGCUAGACGCGAUGACAUUGCAUCCAGUGCCAAUGACAUGAGAGUUCCACCCCCGAGGCCAGCCCACAUACCCCCAGACCGAGUACCCGGGGUGAUUGGUCUCAGAAAUCAUGGCAACACUUGCUUCAUGAACGCUGUUCUGCAGUGCUUGUCGCACACUGACAUACUUGCUGAGUACUUUGUGCUGGAUCAGUACAAGGUCGAUCUAUCUAGGAGAAAUAAAUUGAAUUCCAAGAAGUAUGGAACGAAGGGGGAAAUCACUGAGCAGCUUGCUCUGCUGCUCAAGGCCAUUUGGAGCUGUCAGUAUGAUCCUGAGAUGAGCACUGCUUUUAAGAGUGUUGUGGAUAAGUAUGGGAGCCAGUACAGGGGGAAUCUGCAGCACGAUGCUCAGGAGUUUCUGCUUUGGCUGCUGGAUAAGGUCCACGAGGACCUUAAUCAGGCUACGAAGAAGAAGUACAAGAUUAUUAAGAACUCAUUUGGACGCCCAGAUGACAUUGUGGCAGCUGAAACACUGGCUAAUCAUGUGCGCUGCAAUCACUCCUUCGUCCACGAGGUGUUCCAGGCGCAAUUUAGAUCGAGUCUGACUUGCCCCAGGUGUAAUCGACAAUCAAACACAUUUGAUCCGUUCUUGUGUGUCUCUAUACCAGUGCCACAGCAGCAGAGGCAAAUGAAUCUUUUUGUUAAUGUUUUGUACACCUCGCAACAGCCUCGACAAGUGAGAAUUGGGGUCAGUGUGAAUCAAGCUGCGAAUAUUAAAGAACUUCGGGAGAUACUGGCGAGUGAUACCGGCAUUGAGGAGAGUCACAUGCUGUUGACAGAAGUACAUGAUGAAGGUUUUCACAGAACCUUUUCGGAUUGUCAACCCCUCUCAGUAAUAACUGAGAACGACCCCCUCUACUGUGUAGAGCUCCCCCAGCUGAAAGAGCCCACAGAGCAGGCCUACAUCCUCCUGGUAUGGGUGAACGUCCUGGUGAAAGGUGACUUACGAGAGAGAUUUGGAAGUCCCUACACGAUGCAGGUGUCCCGAGAAACAUCCUACGAGGACCUCCAGAAGCUUCUCCUUAAAGAAAUGCACACAACCCUCUCAGAAGACGUUUUGACCUCGAGUCAGACGCCUGGUCUGUUCAACAUCAGGGUAGCAGACCCCGCUGCAACCCCAAUCCAGGACGAGCAUCCUUGCAUCGACCCCUGUGUCGAGCACCCACUCUACACUGAGCAGAUAGAGCAGGCAUUAGCCCUCUGUGCUGACGACUCUGGUCCCCAGCACGUCAAGCUUAUCCUCGAGUGGGACGAGGCGACCAAAUCCAACAUAAUUCAGGACGACUCUGAUCAGAUCGAGGAGCACGCAAGUGUCAAACAACUGAAGACUAAUGCUGAGUUGGGGGGGACUGUUACUCUGGAGGAAUGCUUUGAUUUAUACACGAGGGAGGAGAUUCUGGGGGCUGAGGAUGCCUGGCACUGUCCCUACUGCAAUAGAAAGCAGGAGGUUGUAAAAAAGCUGGGAUUGUGGUCAUUGCCCGACAUCCUGGUGAUUCAUCUCAAGAGAUUUCGUCAGCAGACCGCAAAGCAAAGAUCAACAUCCAAGCUGACAAUGCUCGUGGACUUUCCCCUUUAUGGUUUCGAUAUGACACCUCAUCUGGCGCAUGGUGGGGUCCAACCUAAUCACACAAAUGUCACAACACUGGGGGCACUGGGCUGGUCUCCCUGGAAAAAACCUCGAACUCGUCAUCACAAUAUUCCCAAAUACGAUGAGAAUGUUUACGAUCUUUAUGCCAUCUGCAAUCAUCAUGGGCAGGACUUACAGGGUGGACACUACACUGCCUUCUGCAGGAAUCCUUACGACACUCAGUGGUACUGCUUCGAUGACACCAGAGUUGAGGCUGUCAAUGACACGAAUUUAAUUACAAAUGCUGCCUACAUGCUGUUUUAUCAGAGAAGGAGCAGCAAUUCCGCUGGCAAUUCCUCUGCUGCUUCCACCAGUUCCACAGGGUCUGGCAUCGACCACUGGGUGUCCAGGAUGCCCCCUUUUUAUUUCAACAAUAAAAAUAGUAGUGGAGUUAUUACGAAUAACAAGCAGAGCAAGUCGCAGGAGGUACUCUGCCAGGAGAAAAUUGUUGAGGAGAAAAAUCUUAAUAAUUUUAAUCGUGGAUGUCGUAAUUAUGCUACUCUGCAGCCCGGUAAGAGGCACGUCGCUACGGAAAUUGGAGAUGAGACUGGCGAGAUUGAUCAUUAUUCUGAUGAUGAAGCACCGUCUAGGAGAGAAUGGGCCUCGCCAAAACCAGUAAGAAAGACGUCCUCAAUAACGCUGACACCAAGUCAACCGUCAGCGAUAAUUCACAAUGCCCACAGUGAUCCAGACACAGCUGUAAUUCACGAAUCAACAUUGUAACAUACAAUUUGAGCCAGAUAGCAAUCUGGCUGUGGACUAGAGUGCCUGGACUGGUUUUAUUCACCACAUACUAAGAUGAUUACAGUAGUAUGUUAGCCAAGAAUAUUUGGAUAUUUCAAAUAAUUUCCAAUCAUAGGCAAAUUAAUUGCUCACACCUACGUGUAAUUGUCUUUUAAUACUGUUUUUUCGUCAUUUUCGUGAGCAACGAGAGAUCUCAGAUGAACAUUUCGAAUUAACAAUCCUACACUGAUUUUUUUUUCAUGUAACUGAAGACUAUCCUCUGAAAGUGCGUGUCGUACAUUUUUUUAGAUUCGUAUUAUCGAGAGAAAUGCAGAGAUUUUUGCGCCUGAAGUGUUGGCUUUUGCGAAUAACUGAGUUGAAGUAGCAAAACGUACGAAAAAAUUUGAUGGAGAAGCCUAGUGAGUUCGAUAGAAAAUUCGGUUGGAUUUCUAUUCAACUUCUAUUGAGGAAUUCCACAGCUUUACUGCGUUUGUUUAUAGAAAAUUUCCAAUAGAAGCUAUUUUAUAGAAAAAAUCACUAGAAUUUCGUCGUUCCAUACAACUUUUUC